UGCCGGUCGCGACAGCACGAGUAACUUUACGCCUAAUGCGUCCUCUGUGAUUCCGCCAGCAGCGGCUGUGGCGGCACCUGUGUACGAAGGCAGAAUAACACGACAAAGCACGAAUUUGCUGUUAAGGCCAUGGAGGGAAGACUUUUGUGAGUGUAAAUCGUAACGGCAACCAAGUAGAUCUAGAUUUAUGAUCACGUUCACGACAGCAAAUGAAAAUGAUAAUGAUAUUGGUACAGUGAUUUUUUAUGUAUCUUCUACUUCUUGAUCUUGCCUUGUUACUUACCUCAUCUAAACAGCGGCAGAAGAACGACAUUGAAUCAGGUUCCUCCAGCUCAAGGCGACAAGAAGGAUGAAGAGAAAAUCGAUGCUGCAAAGCGAGGCAGGGAAACGACGAAUAUCAUGGCAACCGCCAGCACCGAGCAAACGGGACCAUCUGCACCACCUGUACCUGCGAGAUAUCCUAGUCCUAUGAUCUCCAAGUUUUCUAUCGUUGGAAAUCAGGGCAGGAAUCAAUCCAAUCAUGAGGUGGAUCAAGAUUCUAGUACUUUGCAUCUUCAGAGUACUAGUCCCCGAGGAGUGACAGCUGCAACGACAGCUGCCAUGCCAGCACCUCCACAGCAACAGCACUCGAUGCCUCCACGUUUAUCUCAGUUCCAAUUGGUUCCACGACCUUCGGUUACAUCGCUUCAUCAGAGUGGUAAUAUUAUGGCACCACAAGAACAUGGAGGACCGAUCUUGGCACCACAAUCGCAGCCCCAUUUCACCACAACCACUACAACAAGUCAACCGGUACAACACCAGUCGUCACCGCCGUCAAGCAAAAUUCAGCAUGGAGGCCACAAUCAAUUUGGAUACAACGUUACGGCUCGCAACUCCUUUUCAAUCUGAUUAUACCUACUUACGCUUAGUUCUUACCAUGUAAGUAAGAAGAGAGCAAGUCCAAGCAGGGUUAGGAUUCUUUUGCGCGUCCUGUCAACAAGAAUACUGAAACUACACAUCAACCUCUUUUCCUCUAACAUCUUCGACAACACGAUAGAACGACAGCCUUGGUAUCCUGGGGGACUCGAUUCUACGUUGAAUACGAUCACGAACUCCAUCAUUCCUGCGUGUAGUAGUCCUGGCCUCAUCAUGGAUAGUGCACGUCGCGGCUUAGGCGCCAGUGGCCUAGGUGCCAGUCCUUGGUCGAUCAACGCGAGCAGCCCGAACGCAGGAUCUGAGUCUGAGGGGGGGCUCUUAUGGCUUGUUUAAGUAUGUACUACUUGAUUAGGUCCCUCCACAGUACUAGUGUCGUCUUCAUAGUACUGUCUUCGACCGUAGUGCUAGUGACAACAAUCAACAUAAUCUACUUCUGUAGUCCGUCCGAACGACCUCCGUGCUUUUCGAAUUCUCUUUCAUUAAUCGCUUUAUCUUCGAUCUCCCACUGCUUCAUACCCUGCUCCAGCAACGUCUCCCGGC